AUGACUGAUCUUUCUAAGGCCUGCCUUCGACUCCCUGGCUGUACAAGUGCUCAGGAAAACCGUGAUACUGUGUUUUGCCAAAUGAGGCGAGCUAUGGACAUGAUCCAUUACACCGUGAAGGAAGGAAUCCUAGAUUCUUCUAGUCAAUCCAGCCAGUCCUCGGCUGCAGGGGAGACCUGUGUCUCUACUGUUCCGUCCCAAGAGGAUUGGGAUGCUUACAAGACACUGUCGGCGGCCAUGAGACGAUUCGAGGAAGGAUUGGAGAUGACGAGGCUCACGAUGCUCGGCCCCACUUAUCGCGAAAAGCUCACGGCUGACCUUGAGGUCAUCACGGAGAGAGUGCAAGAUUUCACGGAUUCCGCUUAUACGUCCCAUGAACACCGCGAAAGCAUCCUUCUCCUCUGUGAUCGAGUGAAGCUGGAACUCAACCAGCUCCUUCGAAUAGGCUUGUCCAUGGAGAAGUUGGGAGAAGGAGCGGGGAGUGGAGAGAACGAGGAAUUGGAUGAAGCCCUCAAGUCAAUGACGAAGGUCUUGGGGGAAUUGAGGCUACAGUUGCAAGUGAGUGCCUUGGAGCAGGCUGCUGAACUUAUGGAAGAUCGUGGAGAAGAGCGAGAGAUACAAGGAUCUCUCAAGAAUGCUGCUCUUUCGGCCGAUAUUCAUCGAAUAAAAGACAAGUCCCUGCGCUUCCACGAACAUAUGGAACACGUCCAGGAGAUUUGCAAGCUCAUGAGGCAUAUAGCACCGACGGACGCAUUGCAAAUCACAGCCCGGUAUGCGGAGAUCAACAUUCAAGUCUAUGGACCCCAAGUGGUAGUCGCUGCUAAUACCCUGUGCCUUCAUCCGAACUCCAAAAUUGCCAAGGAAAACUUGGAAGUUUUCAUGGAGAUGUGGAACGGGCUGGUGAAUGAUGCUCGGACAUUGGCAAAAGACGUGGCUCGAGCCGCGAAAGAGAAGCCACCGGAGAAGCAGGUCUACAUGUCGCUUCCACGACGAGGGAAGCACGGAACGACCCAGAAACCCUUGAAACCGGCCAAGUUAGACUCUGAGGAACAGGCGAAGAUAGCGAAGACGGGUUUAGAGAUGAAAAUGAUCACGUCAGAGAUGGAUGCUGAGACGGAGAAGUGGAUGGAGAAUGCGUCGGCCGAAGAAAACAACGACAUCGUGAAAAGGGCGAAAAACAUGUCCUCGAUGGCGUUCAGUAUGUACCAAUUCACCCGGGGGGAAGGAACCUUGAAAACGACGCAAGAUCUCUUCACUCAGGCGGAAUAUUUCGCCGAGGAAGCGAAUCGCCUCUACAAAGUCGUCCGCCAGUUCUCCUAUCAGGUUCCUCAAGGAGUCCAUAAGAAGGAGCUGCUGGAGUUCUUAGACAAAGUGCCGACGUACGUGCAACAGUUGCAGUUCACGGUAAAGAGUUCGACGGUGGGGAAAGCGGCAACAUUUACCAAAGUGGAUCACGUGAUUCAAGAGACAAAGAACUUGAUGAAUGUCAUCUCCAAAGUCGUCACUACCUGCUUCGUCUGUGCCACCAAGGUAGGCCAUGCUCAAUCUCAUCCAGGUCAUGCAAACCUCUUCAGUAAGAUACCCUUUCAGGAUCAAUUGUAG